AUUUGAGUUGCUUGGGAGGGAGCGUGUGAAGGCCAGGGCUGGCAGAGAGAGGCCCCUCCCUCCCUGCCUCCCUCCUCCGUGGAAAGGAGUCCGGAAGAGAAGCGGCGCCCGCAAAGGGAGCAAGGCAGGCAGGCCGGCCGGGGAAGAAAGGGGAGGCUGCUCCUCUUCCCUCUGCUUCGCCCCAGGGCCAUGGGCCUUUGGUUCAUGACAUAAUACGACGGGAAGAGGUUCUUCAUCCCGAAUGGAAACUACUUUGGAGUCUAGAGCAAAGAUGGAGGAGCCAAACCCACCCAAUCCUGAUGGAGAAAAAGAGCCCAAUGCAAUUUGGGAUAAUAAAAGUGUUGUUUCCUGUGGGAGAACUGCAGUGCACGUCCUGGAUGAAAUGGCAUUGAACUCAGAUGUUCAGUGCCAACGUUUCCGGUGCUUCCGCUUCCAGGAGGCUGAGGGCCCCCGUGAAGUUUGCAACCGGCUUCACACUCUCUGCAACCAAUGGCUGAAACCAGAGCAACACACCAAGGCUCAGAUGCUGGACUUGGUGAUCCUGGAACAGUUCCUAGAUGUCCUCCCCCCAGAGAUGGAGAGCUGGGUCAGGGAAUGUGGGGCUGAGACCACUUCCCAGGCUGUAGCCCUGGCUGAAGGUUUCCUCCUGACUCAGGCAGAGGUGAAGAAGAUGAAGCAGGAAAAGCAGCAGGAAAGUAAUGUCCUUCAGGCCCAGGAGGUCCCACCUGACAUCGGUCAAAGAUUCCCUUCCAGAUGGAUCAAGCUGGAGGGUGACAGAAGAGCUGCUCCACUGGGAGACCAAUUAAGGAAGCUGGAAAGAUAUAAUACCUUAUCUCUUUGUGAAACAGGAGAAAUGGCCUCAGUGGAACAGGAUCAGGUGAUGUUUGAGGAUGUGGCUGUACAUUUCAGCGAGGAGGAGUGGGCUCUGCUGGAUGUGGAUCAACGGAGCCUACACUGGGAGAUCAUGGAAGAAAAUUAUAAGAUGGUGGCUUCUCUUGGUGGUGAUGGGCAGGGGAGUGAAAAUGGGGAAGCACCAUAUAAAGUGUGGCUGAAAACAGAGAACUUUGAAGAAGAGGAAGAAGAGAACCUGAGAACGGAAACAGAAGAAGACAGAAUGAACCAGUGUCUUGUUGAUAUUUGGGAAAUUCAAGAAAAAUCAGAUGAAACCAGGGAGAUCUGGAGCUACCUUGCCUAUGAGAAACGCUUCUUCCAUGAGGGAUCACACAUUAAAGAUCAUAUCACAAACCACAUAGAGGAAGGGCAACCUAAUUGCUACCAAUCGGGAGAAAGCUUUGGAUGUAGCAUAUAUCUUACAAACCCUGAAGAAUUCCAUAUGGUAGAGAAGCCAUACAAAUGCCUGGAGUGCGGAAAAGGCUUCUAUCAUAGUGCAAAUCUUAGUAGACACAAAAAAACGCACAUGGUAGAGAAACCAUAUAAAUGCCUGGAGUGUGGAAAGGGCUUUGCUGAAAAGAGAAAUCUCAUAGGGCAUGAGAUGAAUCACAGAGGAGAAAAACCCUAUAAAUGCCUGGAAUGUGGGAAGGGUUUUAGCUACAAAUCAGUCCUCAAGAGCCACCAGAACAGUCAUAUGGAAGAGAAAUCGUACACAUGCCAUGAGUGUGGGAAGAGUUUCAGUUGGAGAUCAACCCUCACACGGCACCAAAAAACGCACUUGGGAGCAAAGCCAUAUGUAUGCUUGGAGUGUGGAAAAUGCUUUGCUGAAAAGAGAACUCUCCUUGGGCAUGAAAUGAACCAUAGAGGAGAGAAACCCUAUCAAUGUUCGAAAUGUGGGAAGUGUUUUAGCUUCAAAUCUGUCCUCAAAACUCACCAGAAUAGUCACACAGAAGAGAAAUCAUACACCUGUCUUGAGUGUGGGAAGAGUUUCAAUCAGAGAGCCACUCUCAAGAGGCACCAAAACAGCCACUUUGGAGAAAAGCCGCACAAAUGCCUGGAGUGUGGAAAGUGCUUCCAUCAAAGAGGAGACCUCAGUAGGCACCAAAAGACCCACAUUGGAGAGAAGCCAUUUAAGUGCCGGGAGUGUGGAAAAGGCUUUGCUGAAAAGAGAAGUCUCCUUGGGCACGAAAUGAUUCACAGAGGAGAGAAGCCCUAUAAAUGCCUGGAGUGUGGGAAGAGUUAUAGUUACAAAUCAGUCCUCAAAACUCACCAGGAGAGUCAUACAGCAGAGAAGUCGUACAUAUGCCAAGAGUGUGGAAAGAGUUUUAGGAAAAGAUCAGCCCUCGCUAGACACCAGAAUAUUCACACAAUGAAGAAAACAAACACAGAUGAAAAGCUACCAUGGCUUUUGUGUAGUUUCCCUCCAGCUGAUGAAAACAAUCUUGGAUCAUCUUUGGACACACUUUAAGGAAAAAAGCUGAGUCCUGGCCUCGUGAUAGUAUUGGUGCUUUUCUGAUUGAUAUGAGGGUUUCUUCCUUUUCUGCGGUAAGUUCUUCUGUUUUGUGCUUGUUUUAAAAACUUCAUUAAGAUUUGCUCAAUUUCUUCUCAGCUUUUGCAGAUUUGGACAAAUAGAGGUUUCAUGUGGCCUCAGGAUGUAAUGGUUUGAGCAUUGGACUGCCACUCUGGAGAUGAGAGCUCAAAGUCUCAUGUGGGAAUGGAAACUCACUGGAUGACCUUGAUCAAGUUGCCUUCUCUCAGCCUCAGUGGGAGGCAAAAGCGAAGUCCCCAGGACACAUCCUGCUAAGAAGUCCUUGUUCUAGUGUUACCUUAAAGCCACCAUAAUUUGGCAACGACUUGAAGGCAUGGAGUAACACAUUUGUGGAGAUGUAAUACAGGCUUGGUCAGAUAAAUAUGCACCCUCUGUCACUCAGUAAAUCAAAGCUGUCCUAGGACAGUCCAGAGCAGAAAUCAGUUGUCAUUGAGGCUUCAGAGUUGUUCAGAUCUUCUGUUCCUGAUCCAGUGGGGUGGAGUCUUUAUGUCAGAACCAAUUUGACAUAGUUGGACUCAACCUUAUCAUUUUUUUGUCACAAUUGCUGCUGCCAGACAGCCACAGAGCUCUGGGAGAGCCCCUGGCAGUGGAUAUGCAAUCUUUUUCCCUGCAUGGUCACAGGGGCACCUUUGGUGAUGUCGUCAAAGGUUGAGUUGCCCAGAUGUUCCUUUGAAUUCUGUGGCCAUAUGCCACAGAAAUGGGUGUGACACAAGUCCAAUCAGUCAUUUUUUUCUCUGUACUGAAAAGUGCAGGGAAAGGGGGUUGGUAGCAUUGGCUCACUCUGGUUUACCCCAAGUUAAAGACUGGAAGUGACUUCUGCUCUGCUUUGGGUUUUAGGGCUAGUAUGGACAAGCACUUAGUAGGUUUCCAAACAUUUCAUGUUGGUGACACACUUUUUCGAUAUGCAUCAUUUUGUGACAGUAAUUAAGUUUUACUAGGAAAUUGGAGGUUAAGCCAACCCCUUAUAAGAGAUACAAGGAUAUACAUAAAUUGUAUUGAUGAAAUGUAUGGGAAUGCAACAUAUCUUAUGAGAAACCUCAUUUCUAUAUAUACAGUAGAGUCUCACUUAUCCAAGCUAAACGGGCCGGCAGAAUGUUGGAUAAGCAAAUAUGUUGGAUAAUAAGGAAGCAUUAAGGAAAAGCCUAUUAAACAUCAAAUUAGGUUAUGAUUUUACAAAUGAAGCACCAAAACAUCAUGUUAGACAACAAAUUUGACAGAAAAAGUAGUUCAAUAUGCAGUAAUGCUAUGUAGUAAUUACUGUAUUUACGAAUUUAGCACCAAAAUAUCACGAUGCAUUGAAAACAUUGACUACAAAAAUGCGUUGGAUAAUCCAGAACGUUGGAUAAAUGAGUGUUGGAUAAGUGAGACUCUACUGUAUAUUUAAACAUUAUUUGUAAGCUAAUAACAUCCAUUUCCAAUUUUUUAAAAUUUCUUCCUAUGUUUACAUGACACACCUGCAGCCAACACACAAAUGUUUUGCAACCCAGAGUUUGGAAAACUCUGCUUUAAUAUUCCACAUGUAUCCUACCCACAUCAGCCUACUGUGACGCCUGGACUGGUUUUAAGAGUCUGUAGGCCUAAUAAUUUCUUAUCCCCUUUCUUUCAUUGGAAAGUGACAUCAUGUUUUAAAUUUUUGGUUGCUGGAGCUGUUUGGCAGUGGAAUAUGUUGCCUCAGAGCAUAAUAAAAUAUCCUCUGGAGGUUUUUAAAGUAGAAGCUGGAUGGCCAUCUGUUGGGGGUGCUUUGAUUGUGUGUUUAUGCAUAGGAAAGGGUUGGACUGAAUGGCCCUUGUGGUGUUUUUCAACUCUGAUUCUGAUUCAAUGAGUAGUUCCUUUCCCAUAUACCCACUUUAGUUUGCCCAUCAAAUGUUGGAAAAUCAUCAUAUUAAAUGGAAAAUAAUAAAGGUGAAAAAGCAUAUUAUGCAAGAAGUGUGAGAAAAAGGUGAGUUCAAGAAGACACCAAAGAGUUUACCCAAGGUAGAAACUGUCCUAGCAGAAUGGGAAGACCCUUGAUGUGAGGACAUAUCUCAGCCCACACCAAAGCAUCCAGACAACAAGACCUAGUUUCAGCACAUUUCUUCAGACCACCUGUUGUAUUAUGGCAACUCCAUGAAUAUCUCUACCUUUGCUCAUUUAUGGACUUAAGAAGAAAUGGAUUGCUGAGGAUGGUAUGAUUGGGAAUUUGGGGUGGCUAUGUAGUUUUUAAUGCAUUAUUAAUAUUUUUAUGCUUAAGAGUUUAAUGAUACAGAUGUUUAAAUUGUAUUUUAAUUUUUAUACUUAUAUUUUAAUGCAUUUGGUUUGCAUUGUGUCAUAUUUAUUGCUAGCUGCCUUGAAGUCCUAUAGCAAGCAAACAAUGGGAUUAAAAUAAAAUAAAAUCAAUAUAUAAAUAAA